AUGGAUCUGAAGCAACUUGAUGGCCCUCCGGCUUUCAGUCUUCGGUACUCGGAAAAUUGCAAACGGGUGUUAGAAAGAGAUCGAACUUACCCUGAAAUCAACGCGUGUGGAUGGAAACCACACUGUGAUCGGUUUGCUACUGCGAAGUCUGCCGAGAAUUAUGGCUUACUCAAGAAGAGCUCGUCUCUGUACCUGCGGGGUGUUCCUUUCUCCAGUACCAAGAAGUUUCUCCUCUCUGAUCAUGAUAAUCUGGCAACCCUGCUUCGAUCCGUCUCAAGGUUUCAAGGGGAGCAUAUGAUGCUGGUAGUUCCAACGUGGAACUGGAGGCCUAGAACAAGGAUGAGGAGACAGAGGAGGUUGAUGGUGAUGGUGCGGCAUUCUGAUAAUCAUUUGAAAAUGCUUGAACUUGGCGUUGCUUUUGGAUGCAUGCUUGGAUUGACAAACUCAGGUAAAAAGGGGGAGACUGAAAGAACCUGA